AUGCGCUUCUCCAUCAUCACUUCAUCCCUUCUUCUCGCUCAGGGCAGCUGCCUCGCUGCUCCUCCUGUCAACACGGCCGAAGGCUUCUCUCCAGUCCCGAGAAGCAAGCUCGACGCCCGUGAUUCCUAUGACUGCAACGGAAGCGGACUCUGUGGUGCGGUCCAGGUCAGAGACUGCGAUCAAGCCAUCAACAACAGACUGAUUCGUAACAACGAUGUCAACUAUGGUGCACCUGGAUGUGGUAUGACUAUCAGGACAUCAGACGCAAUGGCUGCCGAAUCUGCGGCAGUAAGCAUUGGGGAGAUGGUUGCUUGA